AUGCUGCAGAUGGGAGAUGAGGGGCUGUAUUUCUCCGCGGUGUUCCUGCUGGUGAUGCUGGGGACGAGGAGCGCCGUAGGGGCCUCUCUCCUCACCGCAUUCCUCUAUGUCUUCAUGGUGAUGUUCCGCUUUCCUCCGGUGCCGGCGGACCAGGCCAGCCGCGUCCUCCGGCCCAGGGCUCUGUCAGGCGGCGUACCGGUGGUCGCGCACCGCGGGGGGAGCCACGACGCUCCGGAGAACACACUGGCAGCGAUUAGAGAGGUGACAUAAGCAUCAGUUUUAAUAAUAAUAAUAAUAAUAAUGAUAGUAAAGACCCUCUCUAAGUAUCUGUCACUCAUGUUGGGUUAUAUUUAGAUUCUGUCUGAGUAAGUGUAUUACAGGGUUAAAAAAAAGAGUGUGUGUUACCGUAAUUACAUUAAAAAUACUCUGUGCAUGUCUAGACUUUUGCAUUGUUAGAACCACAUACUGUAGAUUUAAGAGAAUGAUCUGUGAGCUAACUGCUGGCAUUGACAGAGUACCAAUCUGCUGCAGCUCCUGACACACAUAAUAACCUACAUUUUACCCUUGGUCUAAACUGAGUAUAGAUAAUACCAUCUUCAUAAUUAACUUUAUCAUAUCCAGAUAUAUUUUUUCAUAUCAUCUAUUUCUUCACCUGCCUGUUUUUUUUUCUUCAUGCAAAUGCUACAGAGGAUGCUGACUCAGCUGUGCUUGUACUCCUUUAAUGCAGUAACUCCCCACAUGCAGCUACUUUCUUCACCUUCAAUCGAGUCCACGCUCAGUUCAAUAUCAGACCUUUUCUCACAUGUAUGAGGCCAAAAUAGUAACACUUAUAUUUGUGCUGAUUUUGUCUCAUCCUUGUGUGUGUAUUGUUUCUUUAGUGUGCAUAUACGGUGGCCAAGAACUGUCAUUGCUGCAAAUAAAAAUAAUGCAAAAAAAAGAAGUCACAACGGAAGUUACUGAUGGAAAAAAAAAGAAACCGAAGCCUGCUGCAAAUAAUAAUAGUGUCUAAAAAAACGGUGCAGAUAAAAAAGUGGCAAGGCAAAAAAAAGUUACUUACUGCGAAAAUCAUAAAAGGAUACAAAAAAAAAAAAAAAGCCACAACCGAAGUGAGCUGCUGGAGACCAAUAAUGAUUAUUUGCAUCCUUUUUUUUCCGCAGCAAGUCAUUUAAAAAAAUUUUUUUUUAUUUUGCAUCGCCACUUUUUUGCAUCGUUAAUUUCCAUUGUGGCUUUUUUUAUUUGCAUUCUUAUAUUUUUGCAGUAAGUAAUGUUUUUUUGUAUUUUUCCAUCGGCACUUUUUUUUUUUUUGCAUUAUUUACUUCCGUUGUGCCUUUUUUUUUAAUCUGCACCUUUGUUUUCUUUUUUUAUUUGCAGCGGGCGUCGGUUUCCUUUUUUGUGUGUGUGCAUCAGUAUCUUCCACUGUAAUUUUUUUUUUUUUUUUUUUUUUUUGCGUUCUUUUUUAUUUGCAGCAGUGGUGGUUCUCGGCCAACGAAUACAUACCCCCUCACAGCAGUAGCAGCCAUCGAAAUAAAAAAUAUAGAGGUUAUUAAUCUUGUCCCUGAUGGUCUCGUUUGCUCCCUGAAAUCUUCACCUCUUUUAGCAUCACUUUAGUCCGGUUCAGUUUGGUCCUCCUCAUGUCAGUAUCAGACACUUGGACCUCUACACGCCUCAAAGAAAUCCGAAUAUAUCGUCACUUUUAAACAUGUACUCGCUGUUAUUUAAUACCAGCCAUUUAAAUUCUAUAUUUUCAUGACACCGUCUUUUUCGUCCUCUCUUCUCUCUCUGUUCAGGCCAGUAGGAACGGGGCGACUGGGGUGGAGCUGGACCUGAGUUUCACCGCUGAUGGCAUACCCAUUCUGAUGCACGACGAGACUGUGGACCGCACCACCAAUGGAUCCGGACCGGUCAGCAAACUGCAGUUGGUUCAGCUGAAGAGACUUGAUGCCGCUGCUCGACACAGACUGAAGUAUGAUUUUAAUCUCAAUUUCCUCCAUUCAGCAAAUCUAUGUUUGAAUAAAAUCUAUGUUUACUUUAUGAGUGAAAUCCUGACACGGUUUCCUCUGCUCCAGGGACAAGUUCAGCGUAGAGAGGGUCCCAACUCUGCAGGAGGCGGUGCAGGAGUGCAUCAAACACCAGCUGACCAUCUUUUUUGAUGUCAAAGAGCAACCUGAUAAGGUACUGCAUAUAUACUAACUCCACAAUGGAGGGAGACGGGCCUUUAUAAACAGCAUAUACACUCAUAGGUGAAGGAUGAGGGAAUCAUUUCUACAAAAUAACUUGUUUAUUUUGAGUCGUCUGUCUCUUUUCAGGCAGCGUCAGUUCUCCAUGAGUUGUAUAAGAAGUUUCCCGUCCUUUACAACUCCAGCAUUGUUACUUCCUUUGAACCCAAAGUUAUCUACAAGGUAACAAAACAUGAAUGUGACAGUUUGACCAAGAAUAGAUUCGUAUGAUGUAUAUAUGUGAAAGUAUUUUACAUUUUCUUUAAGCUGAAUAAAGUUUAACCACGUCUGACUAACAGACAAAUCCUCGGUCUACUUCUGACAAUGCCUUUUGCUGACCUUUAACCCCUUCUCGUCCUCAGAUGAGACAGACCGACCCUAACGUGGUCACGGCUCUAACCCACCGGCCCUGGAGACUGAGCCGCUUUGGCGACGGCACUCCUCGGAGCCUGUCCACUUGGGGUCAGCUGUGGACGGGGGUUCUGGACAUCUUGUUGGACUGGGCUCAUCAUCACAUACUGUGGAAACUGUGUGGAGUCUCCGCCAUCCUCGUACAGAAAGACUUCAUGUCUCUGUAGGUGAUAUUGAAUUUUCUUUAUUGUUUGAAUGCACCGUUGAAAAGUAGAUGUAAAGAGGAUAAAAGCUAUUUUGUAUGUACACCACAAAAAAGAUGCUUCUUUAACAGAAUCCUGCCUACCUCAUCUUUAACAGUCAAUUAUUUUUGAUUAUCCUGCUCUUUCGACACUUAUUUUGAUCUUCUCUCCUGUAGGGACUACGUUCAGUUCUGGGCAGAGCGAGGCGUGGAGGUGGUGGGCUGGACCGUCAACACCGCCGUAGAGAAAGACUUCUACCAAAACCUGCUGAAGAUCGGCUACAUCACCGACAGCCUGCUGGAGGACUGUGAAUCUCAUUACUGA